AAGGUCCCUUCCAACUCUGAUUCUAUUCUAUUCUAUGGAUAUGGAUAUGGAAAGAAAUUUUAAGUUUAACCUCAGCUAGAGCAUAAAUCAACUGAAAUCAAAUGUAGGGUUUGUCCUGCCCCACCCGCCUCAUCAUCCACUGUCCCACCACUUUCAGAGUGUGGCCUCUGGCAUUCCACCCACAAGCCAAGUGCCCUUGUACCCCAGAGAAAAGGGGGCACCCCCAUUCUAGAGGCAGUGAGGGCCAUUGUGCUCAGCGUCACAAUCACAGUGACCUUUGAAGAUCUGUCUAAUCAAAAGAGAGUUUUGUUUUGUGGUCUUUGUUUUCUUUUGUUACAACCUCUCUCUCCUUUGCAUGGAACCGAAGAAAUGCUGCUUAUAUCAGUUUGCAAAGUGCAUUGGAAGGAUCUCAUCCUGCUCAUGUUGCUGGCUGCUCUGGUCACAUGAAGACCAGUUAUCUUUAGCAGGACGUAUUUAUAUAUAGAGAGCACGCAAGCAUACCUUAGCCGCUCAAGCCAGCACAGGAGGGUAGAAGUUAACAGGGACCACUGCUUUAUCCCUGGAAAGACGCUGGGUGGAUGGGACUAGGGAGGAAGCAACUCUGGCAAAGAAAACGGAGCCAUGCAGUCACAAGUUGUGGAUCAUGUCCAGAUCCAGGUGGAAGACACCUUUUUCUCAGUGGACAAAGAUCUUCUGGUGGAACACAGUGAAUAUUUCCGUGCUCUCUUCCAGUCUGGCAUGAGGGAGAGCACGCAAAAGGAGAUCCAGAUCAGGAAUCUGAGUUCCGCUGGAUUUUGUAUCCUGCUAAAAGUUCUGGAAGGGGAAUGUCCACUGCUGAGCUGUGAGGAGAACCUCAAAGCGGUAGAAUGUGCCUCCUUCUUGCAGGUAAAAGCCCUGGCCAAGUACUUGAUUGUGUCCAUCAAUUCGGACAACUGCAUCAUCCUGUACCAAGCUGCUGCAAUGUUUGGCCUUCUGGACCUUUUCCAUAAAGCUGCCCUCUACAUAAGAGAUAGUUAUUCCGAGCUGGAGGAAUAUCUGGACUGCCUUUCUCCGGAUUUGUUGGAUUAUGUUGAAUCUCUUCUCCCCAGUAGCUUUGUGGCUGUGGGAGCUCACACACCCACCUAUGAGUUCCUGGAGGACGUCUCACGAUCCAUUUGCUACCUGGAGGAGGAAACCAACACCUGGAGGACCCUUUCUUAUUUGCCACUCACUGCCAGCACCUUUCUAGCUGGCAUGACGACCCUGGAUAACAAAAUUUACAUUGUGGGUGGGGUCUACGGGUACAACAAGCAGGUGGUGGACCAAAGCUUUUGCUACGAUCCGGUAAGCAACCUCUGGAGUCAAUUUUCUAGCCCUCAGCAACUUCGGUACGACAUCACCUUGACAGCCUUGGAAGAUACUCUUUAUGCUAUCGGUGGUGAAUUUGAGAAGACGCCGCUGAAAUCCGUAGAAAAAUUCAAUCUAUCCACCAACAAGUGGGACUUUCUGUCGGAUUUGCCCCAACCGGCAGCGGCUGUACCCUGUGCCCAAGCCAUGGGACGGAUCUUUGUUUGUUUAUGGAAACCUCUUGACACCACAAUCAUCUAUGAGUAUCUGCCCCAGAAGGAUGAAUGGCUUCCCAUCUCGACCCUGACUCAGCCUCAGAGUUACGGCCACUGUAUGGUGUCUCAUAGGGACAAUCUCUACGUCAUGCGCAAUGGGCCUUUUGAUGACUUCCUGAGAUGUAUGCUAGACCGCUUCAAUCUCACUACGAUGCAAUGGACAUCUUUACCUGGCCAGUACAUGAACAGCAAAGGGGCACUCUUCACUGCCAUCAUCAAGGGGGACACGGUUUAUACGGUCAACAAGAUGUUGACCUUGCUGUACACCAUCGAGGACAGCAAGUGGAAGUUCAAAAAGGAGAAAGCUGGUUUCCCAAGAAGUGGGUCUCUGCAAACCUUCCUUCUCAGGUUUCCGAGAACAGAUCACAGUAUUGCAACAUAAACGUGGGCAGCUCCGUGGAUUAUUGAGCGGUGGCCAUC